CCAAAACAUUCAUCAGGGAACCCAAUCACAACAAGAAAUUCAAGAAAAGGACAAAUCCCUGACACAAACCAGCCUUAGUUAAAACAGGGAGUGACAGAUAUAUGUACAGAAUGCCCAUUGCUGGCGCUUAGCAUACGUGCAACCCAGCUCAUCCCGCACGCACGUACAUGCAUCCACCCCCCACCCCAGAUCAUAAGGGUAUAUAUAUACGUAUUUGUUGUUACUUGACCUUUCCUCUUGUGGGUCUUUGCUGUUGUGCACGAGAUGGAUCCAUGUUCUUUCGUGCGGAUUGUUAUCGGGAACUUGGCCUUGAAAUUCCCGGAAAGAUCCCAUCUUUCAUCUCUUUCCUUCUACUGUAAAUUCAAGCUCAAAGGGUUUCCCACUCAGGUUUCAGAUGUUUCGUUCCUUGCGGCUGAGAGCGACGCCGUUGAUAGCAGAAUCCAGUCCUGUUUCAGCUUGAGGAAGCAGGAGUUGGAGAAGUUAGUGGACAAAUCGAGCAAGUUUUCUUGUUUGAAGAUUGAGGUUUACAGGAGGAGUAGCGGUGGGAGCAGCAGUUGUGGCUUUGUGAAGAGUGGGAAGCUUUUGGGCUGCGUUGCGUUGCAGUUGGAUUUGAAGAGUGUUCUUGAAAGUAAUGGGAACAAUAGGGGAUUCCUGAUUCAGAACGGGUGGAUCUUGGUUGGUGGGUCGGAUGUAAAAUUGCAUUUGAAUGUGAGGGCAGAGCCCGACCCGAGAUUUGUUUUUCAGUUUGAUGGGGAGCCGGAGUGCAGUCCUCAGGUUUUCCAGGUCAACGGGAAUGUGAAGCAGCCUGUUUUUACCUGCAAGUUCAGUUUCAGGAGUUCUGGGGACAGGAUUUCAAGAUCCAGAUGUUCAGUGUCAGGAGCAAGAAGCAGUUCGUUCAGCUGCUUCAGUUCCUCCAAAGAUGACAAUGAACAGCCUCUGAAAGAGCGAAAGGGAUGGUCAAUCACCAUCCAUGACCUGUCGGGAUCGCCUGUGGCGGCUGCAUCCAUGGUUACACCGUUUGUACCAUCACCAGGCUCCGAUAUGGUCAGCAGGUCGAAUCCUGGAGCAUGGCUUAUUCUCAGGCCCGGCCAGAACACCUGGAAGCCUUGGGGCCGCCUGGAGGCCUGGAGAGAUUGCAACGAUCUUGGCUACCGAUUUGAACUAAUCCCUGACGGUGGCGUGGACCCAAUCCCACUUGCCAAUUCCAGCAUUAGCACGAAAACUGGAGGAAAAUUCAGCAUAGACAUCACCACUGGCCCAACUCCAGUGGCAAGUGCUAGUAGCAGCUUUGAUCUUAGUUCGGGGUGUGGUUCUGGGUCGGAUUUUGGAUCGGCGGCAGGGUCUGGAUCUUGGGCACACCUCUUGUACAGAGGAUUUGUGAUGUCGUCUACCGUGGAGGGUGACGGGAAGUGCAGCAAGCCGGAGGUGGAAGUGGGUGUGCAGCAUGUGAAUUGCACGGAGGAUGCGGCGGCUUUUGUGGCUUUGGCGGCUGCUAUGGAUCUUAGCUUGGAUGCUUGUCGGUUAUUUUCGCAGAAACUGAGGAAAGAACUGAGAGAACCGGAUCUUGGGUAGGGCCAAGGGCCAUUCUUGGCCCGGUUCAUAAUGGGUUUGCAGAUCUAGGGACUAGGAUUCGCAGUUGACUGACAGCAGCAUUUACUUCUUUCAGUUUCUUGUUUUCAGUGUUUCUUGCCUGGAGUGUACAGUGCAUCGGUAGUACUUUUUUGGUUCUUGUUCUUGCUUUAAAUGUACAUUUUGCUCAAAAUUUGUACAUCAAUAAUGACAGUUCUUGGAUUUCAGUUCCUCA